GAAGUGGUUGCCAUAGGAACAGGCAACGACUGCAUUCAAGCCAACUGCCUUAUGACCAAUGGUAGAGUCAUCAUUGAUUGCCAUGCCGAAGUUAUGGCGAGGAGGGCUUUGCUUAAGUGGAUAUACGGAGAGAUUAGAAAAGUGACAGCUGGAGGUCACGCCGACUGCAUUUUCGAGAGACCCAAAACUGGGGGUGGAAAAAUAAGGAUGAAGGAACAGGGGUCCCUGCACAUGUACAUCAGUUCCCACCCCUGUGGUGAUGCCGCCAAGUUUCAGUGCAAGUCGGUCGAAAUGGUCAUCGUGGUUGUUGUCAUAUUGUGUGUGUGUGUGUGUCUGUGUGUGUGCGUGAAUGUGUCUGUGCGCGUGAAUCAUCAUUCAUUAGUUUUUUUCAUUCUUUUUUGA